GCGCUUGGAUCAAGAGAUUUGUGCGCAGACUCAAAAAUAUCUCGCAGAACUUUUCCCAUCGUCUGUUUUAAGAGUUGCGGCCAGGCGGACGCGCACCUUCUGCGAAGGUCAGGCUUUUUAGGAGCGCGUGUAUGUUAAUCAAGGGGGGAAAAAGCAUGAGCGCACCACCCAGCCCAUCUCCGGCGCGAUGGUUCAAGGCGUUGAGAAGAACCCGGAUAGAGGAGUCCUGCACAAAGGCCGGCCCCGCGGCCUGCGCGGAGCAGCUGAAGAGGGCUCGAGCCGCGUUCCGAGCCGGACGCACGUCCAAGGAGAGCUUCCGACGCGCCCAGCUCGAGACCCUGGUCCGCAUGCUGGCCGAGCACGAGUGCGACUUCGUGGACGCGCUCUGCAGGGACCUCCACAAGCCCCGCUUUGAGUCGGUGGUGUCGGAGCUGAUCCUGGUGAAGAACGAGGCGCUGUACGCCAUCAACAACCUCACAAAGUGGAUGGAGCCCCAGCACGUGGAGAGGAACCUGGCCACCUCCCUGGAUGAGUGCAUGGUGGUGUGCGAGCCCCUGGGGGUGGUGUUGGUGGUCGGGGCCUGGUGCAGUCCAGUCCAACUCUGCCUGGUGCCUCUGGUGGGGGCCAUUGCUGCUGGUAACUGUGUGAUCAUCAAUCCCUCAGAUACCAGCUCUCACACAGCAGAGCUUCUACACAGACUUAUCCCGUCCUACCUGGAUAAUGAGUGCUACCAUGUGCUACUUGCCUCAGCCAGUGACCUGCCUGAGAUUGUAGAUCUCAAGUUUGAUCAUGUAUUCUUUACAGGCAACAGCGCGGACGGGACCAAGGUGGCGCAGGCGGCGGCGCGCGGGCUGACGCCGGUCACGCUGGUGCUGGACGGGACCAACCCGUGCUACGUGGACGCGGAGUGCGACGCGGGCGCGGCGGGGCGGCGCAUCGCCUGGGCGCGCUUCCAGAACGCCGGGCAGAGCGCGGCGGCGCCCGACUACGUGCUGUGCCACGCCGGCGCCCGCGACGCCCUGCUGCGGGAGCUGCGCUGCGCCCUGCUGCAGUUCUACGGGCCCGACCCGCGCCAGUCCCGCAGCUUCGGGCGCCUGGCCAGCGCCGAGGGCUUCGCCCGCGUCCGCGGCCUGCUCGCCAGGUCCGGCACGGUGGCCGCCGGGGGCCAGGUGAACGAGGCCGAGAAGUACAUCGCCCCUACCCUGCUGACGGAGGUGGUGGAGACGGAUCCCAUCAUGCAGCAGGAGAUAUUCGGGCCGGUCCUGCCCAUCCUGACCGUGAGCGACGUGGACGAAGCCAUCGCCUUCAUCUGCAGGCGGGAGAAGCCGCUCUGCGUGUACGCGUACUCCAGCAACAGCAAGGUCAUCUCCCGUCUGAUGGAGGAAACGUCCAGCGGGAGCUUCUGCGCCAACGACUGCAUUCUGCAGAGUCUGAUGGUGGUGCUGCCCUUUGGGGGAGUGGGUGCCAGCGGGAUGGGCUCGUACCACGGACGCGCCAGCUUCGACACCUUCUCCCACAGGAAGUCCUGCCUGCUGCGGGGGACGCGCAUCGAGUGCGUGACCUACCUGCGCUACCCGCCCUACGAGGACCGCAACCUGUCGCUCAUGACCUGGGCCAGCACCCUGUCCUACAAGAGCCAGGGCUGGUGCCAGAUCCUGUGAGGGGAAGGGGGGAAGGGGGGGCGGG